GGUUGGAUCGGGCUGCCACACGGUCCCUCGAGCCGUAGGAGAGACGCUGCGCCCCUGGCCCAGCUGAAGGAGGAUCCGCGCGCCCUCCUUCCUCCCGACCGCCCAGGAGUACCCCCUGCCGUCUGACUGAGUCCUUACUGCUGCAGAGCACACCCCUUUGGGUAGCUAGGGUGGGGCCUAGACCUAGCCUCGCCCACCCGCCCCCAUCCGCCUUUGGGUCACUGACUCCCAGGCUGCUGGUGAGGGUCUAGAGCUACCACCACGGAGCCUGGGCAACCCCCUCCACUCAUACAUGCCCACCCCACAUGAGGCUGAGAAACAGCACACAGGGCCAGAGGAGGCGGACAGGCCCCCCUCGAUGUCCAGCUAUGACACAGCCCCCCCAGCAGCCCCCAGUCGCAACCCCUGCUGCUUGUGCUGGUGUUGCUGCUGCAGCUGCUCCUGGAACCAAGAGCGGCGGCAUGUUUGGCAAGCAUCACAUGAGAGCAAGCUGCAACCCCUCCCCAGCUGUGAAGCUUGCACCCCACCAAGCCCCGAGGAGGUACAGAGUUGGGCACAGUCCUUCGACAAGCUGAUGCACAGCCCUGCAGGACGCAGUGUGUUCCGGGCAUUCCUGCGCACAGAGUACAGUGAAGAGAACAUGCUCUUCUGGCUGGCCUGUGAAGAACUAAAGGCAGAGGCUAACCAGCAUGUAGUGGAUGAGAAAGCACGACUCAUCUAUGAGGACUACAUAUCCAUCCUGUCCCCCAAGGAGGUGAGCCUGGACUCCCGCGUGCGAGAAGGCAUCAACAAGAAGAUGCAAGAGCCAUCUGCACACACAUUUGAUGAUGCGCAGCUGCAGAUCUACACACUCAUGCACCGGGACUCCUAUCCUCGCUUCCUCAGCUCCCCCACCUACCGUGCUCUGCUGCUCCAGAGUUCCCCACAGUCCUCCUCUGAGGCCUAGUCACUCACUUUCACACAGAUGCUCCACUCUUAUGGGCUGACUCAAGGCUCAUACACCACCACACCUGGCUGGCUAGAAGUAGGCCAAGACCCAGUGAUAAGUGCAGUGCCCUCUGGCUCUGCACUGACCUGGCCCAGCUGGAGCUGCAGCCUCAAGGUGGGCUGUAUACCCCACACCAGUAUGUAGCUGCCCAACCCAAUGCUCCUGCUGGGAUACCUCCUGGGAGGUACCUGGGGCCCCCAGCCAGGUACCCAGGAUAAGCAUGUGCAAAACAGCCUCUAUGCCAACAGAUUUGUAGCAGGAAACACACUUGUUUGAGGUGUCUACAGUGUGGAACCACAGAACCAGAUGUGGGACCUCAGAACCAGGAUCAAGUGACAGGGCCCAACUAUUAUUUUAUAUGUUCAUGAACUUUAAACCUGGAAAUAUGCCCUUAUGAUAUGCUUUAUCAAAAAAAAAGGGGGGGGGCAUUCACAUUGAUAUUUAUUCCUCCACAUGCCAAAACCAGGGAACCAGGGUGUAGUAUUCUUGGUCUUUUUUUUUU